GGGCACCUUUGUCAAAGGUUUCCUACCGUUAAUGUCUACUGCACAAACUCCCACACCCCAUUGUCGUCUCCUUCCCCCUCCUUAUUUUUCAAAUAUAUACCUCCAACGGAUACCUGCAACAUCAAAACCCAUUAUCAACACCAUCUCUUUUCUUCUAAUUCUUCCACUCAAACAAUUCAAUGGACUCACCACCACCAUACACCACCCCGCACUCCGCCCCACAAACACGCACCAAAUCGGCAUCACGUCUGGCUCGAACUAGCGGCCAAGAACCACCACCGAUUCUCUCUCUUGAUUUAGUCUCUUACUCACCUAAGAACACUCUUUCUCCAAAACCCAAAACCCCUCUCUCUCUUCACGAUCUCCUCCUCCUUUCUCCUUCCCCCGCCAAGAGAUCAAAAACCAGACUCGAUGUCUCAGAGGAGGUCGCCGACCUAUAUGGGUCUCGUCGCCGCUGCAAAAACCGAUUUGCUAAUAUCGGUUCACCUAGAAACACUAGAAGAUCCAGGAGGCGAACAGAGGAGAUUCGAGAGGAUAAAGAUCUGAUUGCUGUUGAUGAGUCGAUCGUUGUUAACAACAAACCAAAGAAAAGGAGGCAUAGUGGUAGAUCGAAGAAGGAGAAAUCGAUUUCUUGCCCUUCCAUUCCAUCCCCAAAAGGAAACGAUGAGGAUUACGGGUACAAUUUCGAUCGAAUCGGAUUCCUGAUAAAUGAUUUGAUAAUGUGGAAUGACGUCGCAAAAUCAACACUCUGGUUUGGGUUUGGUUCACUCUGUUUCUUAUCUUCAUGUUUCACAACAGGCAUUAGCUUUAGCAUGCUUUCUUUGAUAUCUCACCUGGGCCUUCUGUGUUUGGGCGUUUCAUUUUUCUCAAAUUCCAUUGCCCGAAGCUCAGAAAACAAGAGAAAGCUUAAGCUUAAAGAAGACGACAUUCUAAAAGCUGCUAGGGUUAUACUUCCUGCAUUAAACCUUGUAAUUUCAAAAGCUCGAGAGGUGUUCUCAGGCGAACCAUCGAUGACCCUUAAAGUAGCACCAUUUUUACUACUUGGAUCUGAUUACGGGCAUAUUGUAACAUUGAAGAGACUUUGUGCACUUGGGUUCUUCAUUGGGUUUACUGGCCCAAAACUGUACUCAUUGUACUCGAUUCAAAUACACAAGAAAAGUGAAUGCGUGAAAGGGUGGAUACUGGAAGCAUGGGGAGGUUGUUCUCAUAAGAAAAUAGUUGCAGGAUCAGUUGUUACAGUGUUUUUGGAAUCUGACUUCGAUCAAAACACGCAUUUUUGCAGCAUUUAUAUGUGUAGUGAUCUUUAGACGCUACAGACAACAGUUGCCAUGGAAGGAGGAAGGUCAACAACAGCCAGAGAAGACGUUGACUUUGGUUGAAACUAAGAAAGUUGAAUAGAGAUUUGGAUUACAUGUAAAAUAACAUAUAUAUAUUUCUAUAUAAUAAAAUGAAUCGUUUUAUGGCUUUAAUUUCAAUCUUUUCAUGUUUUAUGUUGACAAUUCUGUAGUGUAUAAUUGGAACUAUAAACAAGGUCAAAUUCAUCUUUCCAAUGUAAGUUCUUGGGA